AUGUCUUGCUUCGACGAUUCUGCGGCUCUAUCGUUUUGGGGGAAUAAAGAAGUGGCUUGGUCGGCGUCUCAUUCCAGGGGCGCUUCAGGUGGUAUGGUAAUUCUUUGGGACAAAUCUUUAUCUGUCAAUUUUAGUUUUAUGGACAAAGGGUAUAUAGGCAUAAAUUUAAGUUGGAAGGGUGGUGUUUAUAAUAUUGUCAACAUUUAUGCAUCCUGUAACGCUGCGGAUAGGAGGGCUUUGUGGAGUUCUUUGCUGGACAGAAGGUUAAGAAGUGUGGGAGAAGAGUGGUGUCUAGGAGGCGAUUUUAAUGAGGUGAGUUGUAGGGAAGAAAGAAAAGGGGAGAGGGUCUGUCAUAGCAGUAGAAACAUGGAAGAUUUUAGGAGAUUCAUCGAGCUUAUGGACUUGGUCGAUAUACCGUGCAUAGGAGGCAGGUUUACUUGGUAUAAAGACAAUGGAAAAUCAAUGAGCCGCCUCGACAGAUUUCUGGUUUCUAAUAAGGUUAUUGAUGAUUGGAAUAUUAUUGACCAAAGAGUGGGAGCGAGGGACGUUUCCGAUCACUGUCAUAUAUGGCUUAACGUGGGAAAAUUAGAUUGGGGACCGAAGCCAUUCAGAUUCAACAACGCGUGGUUUGCUCACGAAGGCUUCCUAAAGUUUUUAGAAGAGGAAUGGGCCAAGAUUCAAGUGAAUGGAAGUGGGGAGUUCAUUCUUUAUGAAAAACUUAAAAGAAUGAAAGUGUGCAUUAGAAAGUGGAAUAGAGAAGUGUUUGGGUGGAUUGAUUUAUGUGUUGAGGAGAAGGUGGAAUCUCUUAACAAUCUGGAUAAUCUUUUGGCUGAGCAUCAUGGAGAAGAUAUUUCGAGAUUGGUUGAUGAUAGGUUCAAUGUGACCUCGGAUUUAUGGAAAUCUUUGUCGUUGAAGGAAAGCAUGCUUAGGCUUAAGUCUCGUCAGCUUUGGCUAAAGGAUGGCGAUAGAAAUUCAGAGUUUUUUCAUAAAUCUUUGAAAGAAAGGAGGAGAAUAACCAUUGAUGGUGCAUUGGUGGUGACUUCAAUUCUAUUUCUUCUUCGGACGAAAGAAUUGGAGUUGCUAAUAGAGGAAAUAGCAACGACAUAA